AUGGGCGGGGAGAAAACGCGGCCCGGACGGACCUUUCCUCUGUCUAUUGUCCACAAGUACUACCCUCGCGCCUGGGACUGCCGACUGCCGUUCUUGCACCCAGUCCUCAAGGCCACCCGUCCCAAGCUCACCAAAGCAGGCAUAAUCAGCGCGCUUCUCGUCCAGGUGGUAUUCUUCGCCCUGUUCUGCUACCUCUUCGGCGCGCUGUACCAGCAAGGGCCGCGCACCCACAACCUCAGCGUGCUGUGGGUAGACUACGACGGCGGCAUCAUCGGCCAGGCCGUCAACGCGGCCUACGCGCGGCUGAGAUCCGACCAGUUUCCCACUCUUGUUGCGCGGUCCGCCUCGCAGUACCCCUCGGCCGACGCCCUGCGCGGAGCCGUGUGCGACUCGGACUACUGGGCGGCGAUGUACACGGCGGCAGGGUCGUCUGCCAACCUCGGCCUCGCCAUCGCCGGGCUCAACACGUCGCAGUACAACGAGUCGGACGUGCUCUUCUACAUCUGGAACGAGGCCAAAUACCCGGCCGUGAUGGACGGCGCCUUGUCCAGCAACAUGGUGGCCCUGUCCAGCGCCGCCCGCAUCUCCUACGUGGCCCUCAACGGCACGGCCGCGCUGGCAACCAUGCCGCCGGACAACCCGGCUGCACUGUCCGUGUUUGCGAACCCGUGGACCGUCACGUCCAUCAAUCUCAAGACGACGACGCAGGGCGCCCGCGCCGUGUACAACACCAUUGCCAUUGUCCUCAUUCUCCUGCAGAACUUCUUCUUCCUCGCCACCAUCAACGGGCUGUACGUGCAGUUCAAAAUCUACAACCGCGCACCGCCCAGGUUCAUCAUCCUCAUCCGCGCCAUCAUAUCCUGCGGGUACACGUUUUUCGGGGGCCUGCUCAUCACCGCGGCCAUCUGGGCCUUCAAGGCAGGCUGGAACGUCUCGGGGGCCGCGUUCGUCCUGGACUGGAUGACGUUUUGGCUGCUUAGCCACGUCAGCUUCCUCGUGCUCGACGUCUUUUCGAUAUGGAUCCCGCCGCAGUACGUGCCGUUUGCGCUCGUCACCUGGGUCAUCACCAACGUCACCUCUGUCAUUGUGCCGUUCAGCCUGUCCAGCGGCUUCUAUCGCUGGGGGUACGCGCUGCCGGCGCACGCGGCGUACGAGGUCCUCACGGAUAUAUGGUCGGGCGGCUGCAACCCGCACCUGUACUAUGCCCUGCCCGUCUUGUUCUCGUACGAGGUGCUCGGGAACCUGGGGACCAGUCUGGGUGUAUACAAGCGCCGCCACCUGGCGGUUGUGGCGGAGGAGGCCACCAAGCAGGCGGCGAUGCUGCUGGAGCAGACGCGAGAGAGGAGGCAAUCGAGGGCGAAUGGAGAACCCCUCAUUGCGGGGGGAAGCGGCCAGGUGGCCGGCACGAGGACGGAGGAUGCUGAGGAGUCGGAGCGCGAGCAGAGGGAGGAGUUGGAAGAGGAGGACGAACAGGCUGCGGAGGACAUUCAGAGGCUGGAAACGCAGGCAACGAGGAUAUAUUCCAACUUGGGGCCCGCUUUUCAGCUGGUUGGUUCUGACGAGAGGUAG